AUGAUCGACCGUAGCCCGGGUACAAGUAGCGCGAGUGCGUCGACGUCAAAUGUGACGGCAUCAGAGAUAGCGGCGCUGAAAAGAAAGCGCGGAAUAAUAAAGGGUUCGUGCACGCGGAUAAAAACGUUUGUGAAUAGCGUGAACGCGGUAGAUGACGAUGCACGAGCGCAAUUGGAAGUGAGGCGCGCGCGCUUAGACCCAAUAUGGAAAGAUUACUGCAAGGUGCAGUCGCAAUUAGAGGCAACAGACGAGGUCGAAAUAGAGGACAGAGUCGCGUUUGAAGACAACGUAUAUUCGUUGUGCGCGAGAAUGCGGCGAUUAUUGCAAAAUGACAGCGGUCAAAAUAGUCCGCGGGCCUCCACGCCAGUAUCAGCGCGAUCCGAGAGCGAAGCCGCAACAUACGUCCGUUUACCAAAAUUAAAUUUACCGUCUUUUUCCGGAAAGUACGAGGAAUGGUUCCCGUUCCAUGACACUUUUAUUUCGGUCAUACAUAAUAACAAAACAUUAUCUGACAUACAAAAAUUUCAAUAUUUACGGGCGUCGUUGACGGGUACAGCUCUCGACAUCGUCAAAACAUUAGAGAUAUCAAAUAACAAUUACGACCUUGCGUGGAAUAUUUUAAAAGAGCGUUAUAACAAUAAGCGUGUAAUCGUGCAGACACACAUAAAAGCGAUAUUCGAUUUAACGGCGAUUACGAAAGAAAGCGCGAGUGGCAUUCGGCAGCUGGCGGACGGUGCGGCGGCACACGUGCGCGCGUUAACUGCAUUGGACUGCAACGCCGACAAAUGGGACGCGUUGUUAAUACAUAUAAUUACGUCCAAAUUAGAUCACGUAACAUCUAGGGAGUGGCAUUCCUCCCUGGGGGGCUCGGAGUUGCCCGCAUUUAAAGAAUUAAUUGAUUUUCUCGCCCAUCGCAGUCAGAUUUUAGAGGAGUCGGCUGGGGGGGGGGGAUCAAGCGCUUCCGAGCGCUCCGACAUUUGUUCGCGGGCGCAAUCGACUUCGAGACGGCGCGCGCUGCAUGCGACGGUCGAGGGGGGAAGAUGCACUUAUUGCGGGGGUGCGCAUUUGAUAUACUUUUGCAAGGAAUUCCUAACGCUUCCGGUAAAUCGGCGCAUAGGUGAGGUGCGCGGUCGAAAACUCUGUCUAAAUUGCUUGCGUAGCCGUGAUCACGUGGCGGCCGAGUGCUCGUCGAGCGGCUGCAGGACAUGCAAGUUGAAGCAUAACACUCUGCUACAUCUCUCGAACCAGGGAAGAGGAAUUGAGAAUUCGCGGGCCGCCGGCUCAGCGGCGGACGGUUCGACUCCGAUUACGGGCGAUCCUGCCGUCGUGGUCGCGCACAGCGCGGUCGGGGGUGACGGCGCGGAGCCCUUACUGUCAACAGCGGUUGUUUACGUUUACGGCGCGGACGGUUCGCGGAUGUCAUGCCGUGCCUUGCUGGAUGCAGGAGCGCAGGCAAAUUUUAUUUCAAAUAAAUUCGUGGCGAAGUUGAGAUUAAAGACAUUGCCUACGGAAAUGUCAAUAUCGGGCAUAUUCGGAUCGACGUCCGUCUUAAAUCGGAUGGCGCGAGUCAGAUUCCGGUCGCGACUGAGUUCGUUCGAGGCCGAGCUGGACUGCGUUGUCACCGAUCGAAUCGCGGAUAGAGUUCCGGCGAGCACACUGAGACGUCAGGCCUUCAGGCUGCCGCCCGGCAUCGAUCUAGCGGACCCGAAAUUUAACGUAUUUUCCGACAUCGAUUUAUUGAUCGGGAUCGACUUAUUUUGGCGGCUGGCGUGCGUGGGCCAAAUUCAUGCGACAUCCGAGCACCCUCUUUUACAAAAAACACGUCUAGGCUGGAUUUUGGCCGGGCGUACGGGUGGGGCACUUCACGAUCGAGCGCCAAAUUGCGUGCGUUACACGCGACAAUUAAUAACGCGCAGCUCCACGAACGAGUUGAUCAAUUUUGGAGGAUCGAGGAAUUAG